CAGCACUUCCAAACAGGACACAGCACUUUCCAGAAAACGUUCAGAGCAAGAACAAUCUUCAGCCAUGGCCGAGAGACGCAUUCCCUUCAGCUUCAUGCACGGCCCAUCCUGGGACCCUUUCCGCGACUGGUACCAGGGCAGCCGGGUCUUUGAUCAAGCUUUCGGGAUGCCUCCAUUCUCUGAGGAGAUGCCCACUUUUCCUAGCACACACUGGCCUGGAUACAUCCGGCCCUUUGGAUUUUCUGAAAUGGCUCCGUUAAUGCAGAGCCCAGUGGCUCAGAUGUCCCCCUCUGCGACCAUGAUGCAUCCCCCGAACUACAGCCGGGCUCUUUCCCGACAGAUGAGCUCAGGAAUGUCUGAGAUAAAGCAGACGCCGGAAGCCUGGAAGAUCAGCCUGGAUGUCAAUCACUUCGCCCCAGAGGAGCUGACGGUGAAGACCAAAGAUGGAGUGGUGGAGAUCACUGGCAAACAUGAGGAGAGGAAAGAUGAACAUGGCUUUGUGUCCAGAUGUUUUACCAGAAAAUACACUCUGCCCUCUGGUGUUGACUCUGAGAAGAUCACCUCCUGUCUGUCUCCUGAGGGCGUCCUGACCAUUGAAGCUCCUCUGCCCAAACCUGCCAUCCUGGGCUCUGAAAUCAACAUCCCUGUUAACACAGGCAGCGCAGUGACUGCUAGCACGACAAAGAAACCCUGAGCACUAUGGCAUGCUACACACACACACACACACACACACACACACACACACACACACACACACACACACACAAGCAGGUCUGAAUGGUACUUUGAGCUUGUUCACAAAAGCAAAUUAAAUUUAUAUAUAUAUAAAUACAAUUAUUUACAAGCUAAAGAACAUAUUGAAAUAUAAGUUUGCACAUGGCUGCAUGUGUUUUACUGAAUUUAAUUAUAAUUUAUAUAUAUAUAUAUAUAUAUAUAUUGUCUAGAGAGAUGAUUUUAUUCGAUGAGAAUGUGAUGUUUUUGCAAACUUUCCUAAUGGAUGC